AUGGCUGAUGGUGUUGUACCUGUCCAUAACAAUGGCACCGUGGUUGAAUCCAAGAACUACCAAUUCAUUGCCAAGUGGGGACCGGUGCAAAAGCUACAAGGUGGGACCAUUAUCAAAGUAACCGACGUAGAGCAAGCCAAGAUAGCUGAGGAAGCUGGAUCAUGUUCCAUUGUCAUUCACUAUGGGGCAUCUCGGCCAAAUACAUAUCUCAUCAAGGGAAGCAAGCAAGCUGAGAUAUUGGAAGCAAUGGGUGUAGACUAUGUUGAUGAGAGUGAACUUCUAGGCAUUGCUGAUUCUGACCACCAUAUUAAUAAGCAUACAUUUCAUAUACCAUUUGCUUGUAAAUGUCAACAUCUUGAGGAGGGAGAAGGUGCAAUGGUUGUUUGA